CCUCCCGCGCUCGCCCGCACUGCGCUCCGAGAAGCCGCCGCUGGGCUCGCUGCUCCGCGCGCCCCCGCCGCCGCCGCCGCGCCGCUGCCUCCGCGCUCAGGUCCCCGAGCGAGCGCCGCGCCACGGUCCCGCCCGCCCCGCGCCCGCUUCGCGAUGAGGGUUCUGGGGGGGCGCUGCGGGGCGCUGCUGGCGUGCCUAGCCCUAGUGCUUCCCGUCUCGGAGGCGAACUUUUUGUCAAAGCAACAUGCUUCGCAAGUCUUGGUGCGGAAACGUCGUGCAAAUACUUUGCUUGAAGAAACCAAAGAGGGUAAUCUCGAAAGAGAAUGCAUUGAAGAAUUGUGUAAUAAAGAAGAAGCCAGGGAGGUCUUUGAGAACAACCCUGAAACGGAUUAUUUCUAUCCAAAAUAUCUAGCUUGUCUUGGCUCUUUCCGAGCUGGAUUAUUUACCUCAGCGCGUCUGUCCACUAAUGGUUACCCUGACCUAAGGAGCUGUAUCACAGCUAUUCCAGACCAGUGUGAUCCUCUGCCAUGCAACAAAGAUGGGUAUAUGAGCUGCGUAGACGGCCAAGCUACAUUCACUUGCAAUUGUAAACCAGGCUGGCAAGGAAACAUGUGUGAAUUUGAUAUAAAUGAAUGCAAAGAUCCCUUAAAUGUAAAUGGAGGUUGCAGCCAGAUUUGUGAUAAUACUCCUGGAAGUUACCAGUGUUCCUGUAGAAGUGGUUUUGAUUUGCUUUCAAAUAAAAAAGACUGUAGAGAUGUGGAUGAAUGUUCUAAGAAGCCAAAUGUUUGUGGCAAAGCUGUGUGCAAGAACACACCAGGAGACUACAUAUGUGAAUGCCCUGAAGGCUACAGAUACGAACCCAAAUCAGGGAUUUGUACAGAUAUAGAUGAAUGUGCUGAGAAUAUGUGUGCUCAACUUUGUGUCAAUUAUCCUGGGAGCUAUUCUUGUUAUUGUGAUGGGAAGAAGGGAUUCAAACUUGCCCAAGACCAGAGGAGCUGUGAGGUUAUUCCAGUGUGUCUUCCCUUGAACCUUGACAAAAAUUAUGAAUUACUUUACUUGGCAGAACAGUUUGCAGGAGUUGUUUUAUAUUUAAAAUUUAAUUUGCCAGAAACUAACAGGUUUUCGGCUAAGUUUGACUUCCGGACGUAUGACUCGGAAGGUGUUAUACUGUUUGCCGAGUCCCUAGACCACUCCGCUUGGCUUCUGAUUGCCCUUCGUGAUGGAAAGCUUGAAAUUCAGCUGAAGAAUGAGUUUACCACACAAAUCACAACUGGAGGUGCUGUUAUUAAUGAUGGUGUAUGGAAUAUGGUGUCUGUGGAAGAAUUAAAAGACAGUAUUAGUAUCAAAAUAGCUAAAGAAGCUGUGAUGAAUAUAAAUAAACCUGCAAGCCUCUUUAAAGCUACAAAUGGAUUUGUGGAAACUAAAAUAUACUUCUCAGGAUUACCUCGGAAAGUGGCAGAGGCACUCAUUAGACCGAUCAACCCUCGUCUGGAUGGAUGCAUCCGAAGCUGGAAUUUGAUGAAUCAAGGAGCUUUAGGAGCAAAGGAAAUUAUUCAAGAAAAACAAAAUAAGCAUUGCCUUGUCACUGUGGAGAAGGGCUCCUAUUAUCCUGGAUCUGGAGUUGCUCAGUUUAACAUAGAUUAUAAUAACAAAACAAAUGCUGAGGGUUGGCAAGUCAAUCUGACCUUGAAUAUUCGCCCAUCUGAGGGCACAGGUGUUAUGUUUGCUUUGGUUUCCGGUAACACAGUGCCUUUUGCUAUAUCAGUGGUAGACUCCACCUCUAGAAAUUCUCAGGAUAUUAUUGUGUCUGUUGAGAAUACAGUGGUAAGUCGAGUAGAGGACGUAAGUCUGUGUUCCAGUCAAAAAUCCCAAGUGAUACUCGGGGUCAACAGAAAUAAUCUGGAGCUCUGGACUCCAUUUAAAGAAAAAGUCGUUUACUCUGAAGACCUUCAAAGUAAGCUCGCCAUCUUGGAUGAAGCAAUGAAAGGAACAGUGGCCACUUAUCUGGGAGGCAUUCCAGACAUUCCAUUCAGUGCUAUGCCAGUGAAUGCCUUUUAUAAUGGCUGCAUGGAAGUGAACGUCAAUGGUGUACAACUGGAUCUGGACGAAGCUGUUUCUAAGCAUAAUGAUAUUAGAGCUCACUCAUGUCCAUCAGUUUGGAAUAACACAGAAAGUUCUUAAGGCAUCUUUUUAAAUCUGCUGACAGUAUUUCUUUUCAGAGUGUGAUUAUACCUAUGUUUCUGUAACAGUUGGAAGGGUUUAUCUACGGUGUGAAGUCCUUGGUUAUUUUGUGGUACUUUAAGCUUCUUGGAAUUUUAAGAAGUUUUUAUCAAGAAAAAUAAUUCUGCUGUAAUAUUAACAAAUUUUUACUUUUGUUGCCAUAUAGAAAUUACAUAAGGAAUCAAAAAUUUUAAAUAUUAAUUUUUUGCUACCAAAUGAAAUAGCUUUAGAUUUUAUUUGAAAAUGUACAUUUUAAUUUCGCCGUCACUGGACUAGUAUUUUAAAUAUCUAUUUUUCUCAGAAGGCAAAUCAAUAAAAUCAAACAAAAACUCAUGUGAUUAAAUAUUAUUGAUCAUAGGCAGAUUUUUUAAUUGUUAUUGUUGAUACCAGUCUUGUGAUAAGGCAGAAGAGAUGGUGGCUUAUUGAAUGUGAGUUGAGUGGAAGAUCUUAAUGCUUUAUUCCAAAAUAAAUUGUAAGGGGAAACAACUUUGGCUAUGGCUUUCUCUUACAUGGCUUCAUCUUUCAACCAGCAUCUUCAAUGAAUUAGAAAAUAAAAGGGAAAUGUUGCCUUGAGAGCAGCACAUGAAUCUUGCUUCUUGGGAACUAGAUCUAUGACGAUGAGAUACUCCAUUAUUUUGGAAUGGGUGUGGAAAUCAGGGUUGGGCACAUUCCUUAAAUUUGGUUGUACAGGUCUCACAGGCUCUGGAUUAGAAAAGGCAGCAGUAUUUAGUGGUAGAAAGGAGAAUAAGCAAAUGUGGUUUGCAGUUUUCCUUCAGUUCCUAUUUUAAUUACUGAGAUAAGUCACUUGAAUAUAAUUUGUUGAGGAACAAAAGAAUCUGUGAAAGCUAGAACAGAUUUUUAACAGGAAGAUAACCACAGACAGACAUAGUGAAAUACUAUGCUUUAUAGUCAAAGAUGGAAGGUAAGAUUGUGACAUACUUGUUAGCAAUGCAGUUGAAAUGGCAGUUUUUUUCACUCCUGAACUACCAUUCAUGACAAGUGUGUAUCAGAUGAUUCACUGAUCUUUUAGAAAAUAAACUUUUUUCACUACAGAUAUUUUAAAUCACAUAUAAUAAAUUGUUGUAUAUUUUAACAA